UACCGGAAGUCGGGUGUUUUGUAAACACUGCAAUGCAGGCUUUCUGUUUCAAUGUUUCGAAGAUUUGCUGCUGAAACUUGCGCUGCAGUUGCGAGAUUAGAAAGAAGGGAACGCGAGAAUUCAUUGAAGACUAAGCUGCUCCGUAGUCUCGUUGGCACACCGGCACUGUGUACAUGGAGAUGUAUUGCAAGUUUUCAUAGAUCUCUGAAUAACAUGUCGACUUUGGAAACCCUUAAUUUUGACAAUCUCGUAUUGAGAUCCCUUCCGAUUGACACUGAGAGUGAAAUCUUCACUCGACAAGUAUCGGGAGCAUGUUUUUCAAAAAUGAAACUUUCCCCAGUUGAAAAUCCUACACUGGUAUGCCAUUCAUCUUCUGCUUUAUCCUUGCUGGACCUGAAAGAAACAGAAGUUCACGAGAAGAAUUUCUGUGAAUAUUUUGCAGGGAAUAAACUGAUACCUGGGAGUGAACCUGCAGCACAUUGUUACUGUGGUCACCAAUUUGGAUAUUUCUCUGGUCAAUUGGGGGAUGGCGCUGCAAUGUAUUUGGGUGAAGUGGUGAAUAAGAAAGGUGAGCGAUGGGAAAUCCAACUUAAGGGAUCUGGACUGACCCCAUACUCUCGGACAGCUGACGGACGCAAAGUGUUGAGGAGCACGAUCAGAGAAUUUCUAUGUAGUGAGGCAAUCUUUAACCUUGGUAUUCCUACAACGCGAGCUGGGUCGUGUGUGACCUCUGACUCGAGGGUACUCCGCGACAUCUUCUACGAUGGCCACCCCAUACAUGAACGAUGCACCAUUGUUCUGAGAAUCGCUCCAACAUUUUUGAGAUUUGGAUCAUUUGAGAUUUUCAAACCUAUGGACCCGGAGACUGGGAGAAAGGGGCCGAGUGUGGACAGGACAGACAUAUUGAUACAGAUGCUGGAUUAUACAAUAAAAACGUUCUAUACAGAGAUAUGGGAUAAAUUUAAGGAAGAUAAACAAAAGUUGUACCUGGAGUUUUUCCGAGAGGUUGUACGGAGGACGGCACGUCUGGUGGCGGAUUGGCAAUGUGUGGGUUGGUGUCAUGGGGUGCUAAACACAGACAACAUGAGUAUAUGUGGUGUGACGAUAGAUUACGGCCCGUAUGGAUUCAUGGACCGUUACGAUCCGGACUUUAUCUGCAAUGCUUCAGAUGAUGGUGGUCGAUAUACUUAUCAGAAACAGCCUGAGAUAUGUAAAUGGAAUUGUCAGAAGCUAGCUGAAGCUAUAAAAGAGGCCAUUCCUCUGUCAGAAACGGAGAAAGAACUGGGGAUAUUUGAUGAGGAAUUCUCACGACACUACACUCAAAAAAUGAGGAGAAAGUUGGGACUGUUGAACACAGACUUACCGGAGGACGGUUUGUUGGUCGAGAAGUUUAUGGAGACAAUGAAAAUGACCGGAGCAGAUUUUACAAAUUGUUUCCGUUGUCUCAGUCGCCUCCCCUUGCCAGGAAGUUCCGAUUAUGACUCGGCGGUCACUGAGGUGACCGAGUAUAUCCUAUCCCAGUGUGCAACAGUAGAGGAACUGAAAACAUCGUAUAAACCCACGAUGGAUCCGAGACAACUACAGAUGUUUAUGAUGUUGAUGCAGACCAACCCGGGAAUCCUGAAUGCUCUGGGGCGGGGUUUUAGUGCCUUUGUUAAGGAGAUAGAGAAAAUGGAGAAAGCUAAAGAACUUCAGGAUAUGACACAAAUAUCUAAAACCGACGAAGACCGAAAGUUGUGGACUGAAUGGUUUUUACAAUACACCGAAAGACUAAAGCUAGAGGCCAAAGACUGUAGUGACCUUGAGAAUGCAAGUAAACUGAGGUCACAGGUCAUGAACUCUGUAAACCCAAGAUUUAUUCUGAGAAACUACAUCGCCGAGAACGCCAUACGCGCUGCAGAGAAGGGAGAUUACUCAGAGGUCCAGCGAGUACUUAAGUUACUAGAGAAUCCAUUCAGUGAGGCUGAUGACCUUGGUGACCUUUCAGAGCUGUCACUAGGUGGCAGCACUUCCACCACAGACGCAGACUCGGCAGGAGCUGCAGGGCCGAGCGGUGCUGCCACCAAGGGAGAUAACUCUCAAACCUGUGACACUGCAGUACAGUACGACUGUAAACCACCCGAGUGGGCGCAAGCUUUACGAGUCAGCUGAUCUUCGUAAACACUUUCCUGUGACACAAGCUUGACCAGACAGUGACCAUUAGGUCAUAAUUAAACCAAUGAUGAUGGUUAUGUGGUCAGUAAUGAAAGAAUCCAGGAUGGACAUAUCUGGUCAAAGCAAAAUGUCGUAGGAAGGUGCUUAAUUUUGUCUGUACCGCUGUGUUAGUUAAAGAUAGGAAUUGGGUAUAUUACGUAGGUACUGUAUUUAUCCUCAAAUAAGUCCCCUCCUGAGCGUAAAAGUUUAAUUUCAAGUUUUAAGAGGGAUUAUUUCUUAACCAUUUAGCUUACUAUUUUCAAAUUGAUGAUUCUUCAGAAAUGAAGAAGGGGGCUUGUUUAUCGACAGGGGCCUAUUUUUGGAUAAAUAUGGUAUUGUGAUUUCAAUCAGUCUGUCAAUCACUACUGCACCUAUCUUGGUGAUUAAAGAACAUUUGCAGUGAGCUGGGAACACUUUGACAGGUUAAUUUCAUUCUCUGAGCUCUAGAACUGCUGUAUAAUUAUUGGAAUUAUAAGUUGAUAGCAUGAUAAACACAAGCUUUAGAUUAUGAAGAAUUAAUAAUCCACAUUCAGUAUGUUAUUAACACAGUGGUUCAGACCCUGAUGUAGAUAUCUUUGAUGUGACACACAUCUUAAUGAAGGCAUUAGUUUAAAUCUGGUUACCUAGGUAACUGAUGCUGGAUGUAUAAAGAUACUACGGUAGGGACAUUAUUUUGUAGAUAGAGUUAUGAUAUCGGUCUGUAGACUGACAUACCUGUAGGUCGGCCCUCACCUUUACAUUAUUAGGUCACCUGAGAUGAAGUCUCGAGUAAAGAAUUGCAAUCACCUUUUGUCUGGCAUCGUCCGUCGUCAACAGUUUACAUUUUCAACUUCUUCUCAAUUACCAUGAGGCCCAGGGUCAUGAUAUUGGGCCUGUAGAUGCUUGGAGGAAGGGUACUAAGUUUGUUCAAAUGAAUAACCUUGACCUAUUUUCAAGGUCAUAGGGUCAAAUGUGCAAAAAUCUUUAAACAAUGUCUUCCAAAUAAGAGGACCAGAGACCUGAUAUUCGGUUUGUAGCAUGUUGGACUGAAGUGCUACCAAAUUUGUUCAAAUGGAUGACCUUAUCCUACAUUCAACAGUUGAGCGAUACAGGCCCAUUGGGCUUCAUUAGGUUUCUGUAUGUACACCAAGCCGCACCUUUCCCUAUACAAACAGUACCUCGUCCUUUGUAAGCUGAUAUGCCUAUACGGAAUACAUUCAUAAUGUACUUAGUUAUACAAAUGUAAAAACAAAGCAAAAAAUUAUAAAUAUAUGUAUAUUCAAGACAUUUUUUUUGCAAUAAUGCAUAUUUAUUGUUAUUUUCAUUUUUUCAUUAAAUACUAUGUUAGACAUGUAUCGACCUGUUCAAUCCAAGUGUUACAAACUUUUAAAUCUUUUUAAAUCUGAUAACAUGAGCUUAUGGUGCCACAAAUCUCACUUGUCACAUCAGUAGCCAGCAUAUAGUCCUAUCUUAUCAAUUAACUUUGCCCCACUUGAUGUUGGUACCAUUAUAUGCAGGUUCCACUAAAAGGAAAUAUUUUUUAUGUAUGCUUUGUUUUUAAAUCCACUAAUUGAACAGAUGGAUUAAUAAUUAAAUCUAAAAUUUGCCUUGUUCUUUUUAUUAAAAAAUUACUUUAAAAAGCUUUCCUCAAGUUAAUUAUUGAAACCAAAUGAAAUGUCAGUUGUGAACUUUUUGCGUUGAGCAGUAUGAAAUUUGUUUUUAACUGACUAUAGUUGUUAAGUGAAAUGAUAAAAAACACAGAAGGUAGUUAUAGCCAGAGAAUUUUGAUGAAGUUUUCAGACAGGUGGUAGAUUUUGCAAAAUAGCUGUAGUACAAAUGGUGUACCAUUAGCCUUAUACAUAAUCUGGAAGACUUUAAAUGAUAAUACAGAGGACUUGAUGGUGUAUACAGGUACUUUGUGACUCUUUUAUUGACCACAGUUUUGUGUGGAGAUAUGAAACUACGAACCUCUGUUGUUAUUGUUUAUUAUGCAUAAAUGAAAAUAAAAAUUAUGAUAUUAAAUUAAUUUUGAAUGCAUGGUAACCCUUUUCUUUUGUUUUUUGUUUUUUUGUUAGCAAAGUCAAGAUGGUGGUCUGUUUAUAUCACCCAGCAUGCAUCAUCUGUUAUCUGUUCCUUUCUUGUUAUAACCAUUUCUUGAGAAUUACUGGAUAAAUCUUUUUUCAAAUUUCAUACUAGUAUGUAUGUUUCCAUUUUGGGACUGAUCAGAAAAAUGGCUGACAGGCAUCCAUCUUGUCUAUUAGUCUCCACUGUGAAGAUAUUUGUUCUUUAUUUGGAGCUAAUAUAUAUUUAACAUCCCGACAACCAAUAUCAUGUGAUGGCGGAAUAGGUUCAGUGGACGUUUAGAAGGUUUUAGUUGGAAAUAUAACCGAAAAAUGUUAAGAAAAUAACUUGAUACUGUGGUAGUAAAUGAAAACUGUUAAGUUACGAUACGUUGAUACAAAGUAGAAGGCUGUGAUUAUAUGUGAUGCGAGUCUUGUAUUAUGAAUUGACAUUUGAAGUAAUGGUAAUAGUGAAAAAUAGUUUUUAAUUAACUUUCAUCUGUACAAUAUGUGAUGUAUGAUUUGUACAUGUUGUAAUUUUGUUCAAAUGAGCCAAUAUUCACAGAAUAAAAGAAUUAUAUUGAAUUAAAA